AUGGCAGGAUUUGAUGUGACCAACUGGGUAAUGUUUCCAAAUCAAUCUUUUGGUAGCGUCAAAAUUGGAAGGCUGGAUCUUCAAGCUCCUCCAGGCAAGGAGUUAACCAUUCAGGAUGAACGCAUUGUGUGGCAUAGAACAUUUAACCAGGUGAGCUAGGAAGACUUGUAAAUCUUUUUCUCCCAAAUAACUGGAAAUGGAUUGUUGAAAUGUGCCUGAUGACUUUUAUUUCCAUAUUGUUACAUACACUCCAAUUACUGCACCCCAUUCUGCAAUCAGCAAAAGGUUUCAAGACCUCCAACAUGUACCCUGGGUUGGUUUCAUUUAAAGAGGGUCACUGGAGACUCAGGAAAUGCUUGCAAAGUAAGGCUAAUCUGUAGAUAUAUUCACAGUAAGCAUAAGAAAUUGGUUCAUAGCCCUAAUUUCCAUUGAUUUCACAUCCUUCCUCCCAUGAUCCCAGGGAUGGUCAGAGAUAAAACAUCAGCAAAUCAAUCAAAUGCAACAUUCAUAAUACAGAAAUAAAACAAGAACUAAUAAUUUAAUUGUGCACAGAAAAUAAAAAAGGCAAAGAAUAAAUGAAUAGCAGCUGGCCUUCUGAAAGAAGUGUCUUUUCAAUUGCCAGCAAAAGAGUAAAUGGCUGGCAGCAGAACUACUUAGGAAGGGGGAUUCAAAAAAUGGAACAUUAAAACUAAGAUGGCCCUGGGAUAUGCUGCUUACUCACAGUCUUCAGCUAGUAAUUUUAUAAAAUACGAGCAGGAAAAUAUAUGGGGAUAUCAUUCCCCAUCAAAUCUCCCCAGGCUCCAAUGGGAUUAGAACCACCAAUAUCACAGCAUUGUAUUGUCCUACUAGGGAAUUCAAGUCUAUGUCUCUUUCAGAAUCAGUUUCAGGAGUGCUAAUCAUUUGAUCACUUUCACAAACCCUUCAACGUCAUCUUUGGGCAUCAGAAGAAGACCAGCACCUUUAUCAUGGGCCAGCAGCAAAUUGGUAGCCAGUGCCAUUAUUCAGUGUGUUGUGAUAUUCAAUGAAAUGCGAAUUGUAAUGAAAAUGAUAAAACUGGACAUUUAUUUAUAGAUUCUUCCCACUUCUCUGUGUAAUGCCAAGUGCUGUCCUGGUUACAGUAGGAAAAAGAAGGAAGGGGAGCCUUUUUGCUGUUAUGAAUGUGUUCCUUGUCCGGAAGGGAAGAUUUCUAACCAGACAGGUAGGAGAUAUGGUUGUCACAGAGGUCAAUGUGCCUUUGACACUUAA